CCUGGGGAGGCCGCACAUUUCCCUCCGCGCAGCUCCGCGGCUCCAGAGCUGGGAGGUUGUCACCGGCAUCGCUCGCUUGCGGAGAGUGAUUCCCGGGCGUCUGUGUGUUUGCAGAAAAUAAACGGCUUCUGUUGAGAGCAGCACGAUGAAAUUCGGUUGCCUUUCCUUCCGACAGCCCUACGCAGGGUUGCUUCUAAACCAAGUCAAAACAGUAGAGACUCGCUGGCGUCCUUUGCUAGCAGGCUACAAGAACUGCACCAUUGCUAUUCAUAUAGCUGUUAAGGACUGGGAAGAUGAAACAUGGAAAGAAAUUCUUCAGAAUAGGUUGGGCAUGGCACCGAAACAACUGCAAGAUUUGUUGGAUGACGGGGAAAAAUUUGGCAGAGGAGUUAUUGCAGGAUUAAUUGACGUUGGAGAAACAUCACUAUAUCCAGAAAACCUGCCUCCUGAAGAGAUUCUAGAGCUGGAAAACAAAGCUGUCCUCAGUAAUCUAGAACAGAAAUACUUGACUGUUGUUUCAAAUCCCAGGUGGCUCCUGGAACCAAUUCCUGCCAGAGGGAGAAAAGGGGUGUGGCAGGUGGACAUCCCUGAAGAACUGAUCCCUUCAGAAUUGUAGGUGUUGCCCCUUACUAAUAUUGUUCCUGCCUAAAUGCAGACUUGUAUUUAAGAUGCUGACUUGUGAAUUACAUCAGCAUCUUGUUAGGACUCUAUUCCAAAACUAUUUGAAAUGGCAAAUACAUUUGAAGAACUGCUCGUUUGAGGCAAAACAUACAAGACGUCUUUAUGACUAUUACAGGAAAUUACUGUUUUUCUAGACUUUUCCAGUAUAAACAACUAAGUAAAAGCCAUUUUUAAAAUGUAUAGUUAUGGAUUGUGUGUCUAUUUAAAUAUAAAUUAAAAUUAUUUUUGAUACCUGCAUCUCUGGUUAUAGGAAAAUGGUACUUAAAAGCUAGCUGCCACAAUGGGACAUCGGUUCCAGACCACGCCUUGUCCUAUCUUAAGGAUAGAUUCUUUUCAUUCACACCUCAGGCACUGUCAUGGGGUGACUUUGUCAUGUUGAAUUAUAUCCCCAUUCGUUUGUUUAGUCCAGAAACAAGUUUUGUACCUUUAACACUGGAUUUGAGAGUGAAGGGGGGAAGGAGAAAUGAUGGAAUGUGAGGUGGUUGUUUUCAAAACAUACAGAUAGGAGUGUCAUCACUUUGUCUCUGGACUGUGUCCCUGUGGUGGACAGCGGGAGAGAGCUCUCCUUUGCUUUUAGGUAGUUUUUGACUAACUGAAGCAGAGAAGUUCCCCAGACAGUUUUUUUUCCUUUUUCCUGGAAUUAUUUGAACCUGCUCUGGACUGGGGACCUAGGGGGAGCACCAGGAGCUUACACCUGUGGUCCACUGGGGCCUGGCCUGGGCAGUGGCAUUUUGCAGAGCCGGAGGGACAGACUGAGCCAAGCUACCACCAACAGGAGAGACGUUCUGAAUUUGUCGUCUCUUCAGAACAGUGAGAGGUUGUGUUGUUCGGUAUUGGGGUGGGUUUUUUUGUGCUUGGCAGUGUUUCGC